AUGUCUUUCGAGGAUGCAUAUUAUAAGUACAUACUUGGUAAUUUCUUCAUAGAGAGCAGAGAGACGGAUAAGGACAUUGAGAUGUUAUUCAACAAGGUCCGGCGUAAGCCUAAGAGGACUCUGAAGAAGGAACAAGAUCCUGGAAAGUUCUUGAUUCCAUGCUGUAUACAUGAUCACACCUUGCCAAACGCCCUCUGCGAUACUGGAUUUGCAGUAAGGAUCAUGGCUAUAGACACUGCUGAUUUAUUAGGAUUGAAGAAGGAGCCUUCUCAGGAUAGUUUCACUUUCAAGGAUAACUCCAAGGCAAACUCAGUAGGCAUGAUCAAGAAUGUCAAGGUAGAGAUAGGAGACUGCAGUAUCCCUGUGGAUUUUCACGUCGUGAAGAGAAAAUCUGGCCAGAUAUCUUCUCUUCUUUUUGGAAGAGCAUUCAUGGCUACAGUGAGAGCAGUUUGUGAUCUUAAGAAGAAUAGGAUGUGCUUGACUAAUGUUGAUGAAACUGUCUUCUAUGAUCCCGUGGAGAAGAAGAAAGGUGAGAAGUUUAUUUCAUGCAUAGAGAUGUUUGAAGAUCCAGGACCUACAUCUGAUUUCAAUCGCGAGCCCGCAAUGCCAGAAUCAGCGUCGGUCGAUAUUAGAGUUGCAGCAUCGGUCCACUUCCAGUCCUCAGAAUCGAUCGACAAUAAGCCUUCAGAAUCGGACGACUCUCAGUCUUCAGAAUCGAUCGACACGAAGCUUUCAGCAUCAGUCGAUACCCUCCGAGUUUCAGAACAGCCCGAGACUGAAAAGUCUAAAUCUGGGGUAAGGAACAAGAAUAGAAAGAAGAAAAAGAAAAGGAAUGCAGAUGCAGAUUCCCUAUCAGUAAUUACUUUGCAAUGUCAAGAGGGUAGUCUUGAGUAUAGAGUGCGCUGCAGAGGAGGUUCUGAAUCCUUUACCAAGGUCAGAGUUGUAUGUGAUUCAGAACUGAGAGACAAAGGGGAAGCUUCUGCAAGAGCUUUUAUCAACUGCAUCAUUAGGAUGAGAAAAAGAGACACUGAGACUUGUUCUGGAGCAAGUUCACAUGCUCAUCAAGACUAA